CCUAACCUAACUCGGCCGACCCGGUUGUAAAGUGAGAAAAAUCGAUCGAAGAUGCGGUGAUCGCGCAUCCCAUAUGUUUGAAAAUAUUAUCUCCUGUUAUGGAAAAAUGUGCACUGUGCGAUUGAAGAUCGUGUAACAGCGCCAAUUGUGUGUAUCUUCCGUUUAAUUGAAAUCUCGCUUCCUCGACAAUACUCGACAGUUCUCCAACAUGCUCCGUGAACAUAACCUUCAAAAUUGUGGACAGAGAAAGUAAAAGAUGUUGAAAUGAUGUUCGACUGAGAGGAACGAGAUACUCGAUCAACGAACAGACCCGCUAGAGAAAAAUUGAUCCGCACGAGAUGGGGGAGAUAAACGUGUCCUUUCAAAUUGACACCGACAACCGCGAGCACUUCUCGUCCGCCAUCGCGUUUCACACCUUCAAGAAGCAGCGAGACGCCUUUUACGAUAUACUGAGGAUCUGGGAGGAGAAUCAUCUGGUGGCGGGAUGGGUGUUCCAAAUCGCGCUGGGCGGCAAGAUAAGGAGCAUGUUGACGUUGCACAGCGACUGCACCAAUUAUUACCACAUCGCCAGGUUGUUCAAGUCGCAGCUGCUGAUAUCGUGCAUACAGAACGGACAUCAGGACGACGUGGUGGACGACGAGAGCUUGAAUUUCCUGAAAGCUCUGAAGCACGUCAAUCCUGAAAAAUUGACGCAGCUCAGCAAGAGAUUUGUGACUCCCCUGCCGUCGCAGAGUCAGAGCGUCGGCCCUUCGUUUCCUGGCAUGCAGGAGUUUUUCAAAGAUUUCAUAUUGCAUGCAUUCAACCCGAUGUUUUACACGCAUCUGGAGAACUGUUUUGUACACGAGAUACUGGAAUUGAACGAUACUCAGUUUGCUAAUAGCGAGAUAGAAGACUCAGAAACAAUGGUUGACGAUCAAACGCAGCGGAAUUUCAUUACUUGCUUAACCAGCUUGAGGCUUCUUGCAAAAGUAUUAGGACUUUUAGUGUCAUUGCCGUACAGAUCUGAAUGUAAUACUACCAAGGAGAUUAUAAUGACGCAAGUAGAGAUAAGGAGCAAGGUAUUACCAUCGCUAAACUUACAAGCCUGCCUUCAGAGCGCCAUAGUCGAGGGCAAGCUUUCGCUGACGAUACCUUGGAUAGUGAAAUAUCUAGCCAUGAUGGACAUCGUGUCGCUUCGGCUGCCGUAUUAUAAGCAGAUCCUGGAACUGCUGUAUUACAUUUACCACGCUGUCAAUCACACCGAUCUUACCGCCCCCGAUUGCCUUAUUUCUCAACAAUCCGCCGUGCUUCUCAAGUCCAGUCUGUCCUGGCUGUUCGACCUACCGAACUUUCCCCGAGAUUUCUAUAUCGCCUUCCAAAAGACUUGCAAGAUCAAGGAGCUGAAGGGUCUGAAACAGAUGGAGAAGUUUUCCGAGAAGAAGAGGAAUUCGCAUUCCGUCGAUUGCGUGAUUCCCGUGAAAAGUAGUCUCGACAAAUUGGACAUAAUUACCGAGCGAACGAUGCGCAUGUGCUGUCCGCGCACGGAAUCGGCUCUCACGGUGUUUCAUGGUGGAAACGGGACGAAUUUGAAUAUCAAUUCCAACAAGCAUAUUACACCUGUCACUAGUCAGUUACGUAAAUUGGGAGGCACCACCACUCGCGCGAAACAUUUGGAGCUACAGUUGGAGGAAGCCUUUUUCCACGGUCAACCGGCUUCCACGCGAAAGACCGUUGACUUCGUUUCCGAAAGGGUCGCGUCGACUUGCGUGAAGCGCAUAUGCAACACCCUGUUGGCUACGUCACGAGAAGCAAAUUUAAAUUCCUUCAGGAAGAUUCUGAAGCGGAAGCACGUCGAGAACGACUCCGACGAGCAGGGUGAACUGUCAAGAAAUUACUUCAAUGAAUUUAAGGCUCUGCUUGUGAGCGACAUGAAUACGUUGGCCAACAAUGCGUCGAGAGAGCUGAAGGAUCAGUGCGAGAAAGCAAUCCCGGGAAUCUGCGAGACGCGAGUCGCGGCAUCGAUAGAAUCUCUAUUAGCGGAAGACUCGCUAGCGGCGGUCAAGGAAAUGUGUAUCAAGAUCGCGACUAGAAUGGCGAUGGAACGAAUAAAUCAGUGGAUUCAGUCGCAUAUCGCCGGCGAUUCCUUAUUCAUUAAGGACAUGGAGCUCGAGAUUAACAGGUUCUUUCGGAACAGCAGUCCUGUGCAUUCCAAGCAGGAGAAACGUCACAAUACGAAUGCCCCUAGUCCUACUGUCAUGAUGGACGAGCUUCGGGGAUUAAUAUGGCAUAUGCUGGAUGACAAUGGUAUAGGUUUAACUGUUUCAUCUAUACUAGAAAUUUUAGACAAAUUGUAUCAGUCAUUCAGUCAAAGAGGUGAUUUAUUACCGGGGCCGCAGAAAGUUUUGUAUUAUCUCAGUAUGGAUUUCGCGCUGUUUUUAGUGGCGUACAGGACGGAUCUCUUUACAAGAGAGGUCCAGGACAAAUUGAUUAGGAUAUGGUCGUCGGACAGUCUGAGAGACGACGAGGACGAUUCGCCCAUGCAUAGAAUUCUGUGUGCCAGAAAUAUCAUGUUACUGAUGCAACCGCGAAAUGAUGCGAUAUGGCCAGUUUUUGGGAAAUUUCUGAAAAGAUUAUUAGAGACUAAAAUACUCAAUGGAGACAGUCUGAGUGAUCAGUGUGUAGCUUUAUUUAGACGAGACUGGCCUGUGCCUUUGUUAAAACUUUUAUCGAAGUGCCUGUCCGAGGCCAUUGAGGGUUACAAAGCGACGGAUGAGGCGACAGAGAAAGUCAAGUACCUCCUUGGCUGGAUAGCGGAAACAUAUCACGAGAUCGAAUUUUGCGACGAUGAUGAUCUGUAGACUGACGAGCGUUAAUAGGUGGUUAACGAUACUGCGAUAAUUGGAAAGUAACGAUCUUGUUGAGAUAAAAAUUUCUGUAAAUACAAUUACUAUGUGUAUAUAUACAUA